AUGAAGGUACAUCCUCACCAUGGCUUGAUGCGUUCUCUUAAAUGGGACUUAGCGGAAGCGUAUAGAGAAGAAGAACAGUAUUGGAAACUUCGAAGUAAAGAAAAGUUGUUAAGUGAAGGUGACCGGAACACUAAAUUCUUUCAUGGCUCUGUUCAAAGACGAAGAGUUCAGAAUCGGAUCCUUUCUCUUUUUGAUGAUAAUGAGGCUGAACAGUUUGCUGAAGGUUCGAAAGGAGAGAUUGCGGUGGAGUAUUUCCGGAAGAUGUUCACAAGUUCUAAUCCUUCUCUUAUUUCUGAAGCUUUAGAAGGGAUGUUACCAAGGGUUACAGAGAAUACAUUCCCAAGGAGACCGAUUAACAAGGAGCUAAUGAUGGAUUUAAACCUUAAGGUGUCAUCUUUAAUAACAGCACAUGGAGAAUGGAAUGUUCUGAAGCUUAAUGAACUCGUUCCUCCUUGUGAUGUUACCCACAUUAGAUUCUUUCCACCUGAAGUUAGUGUAGCCGAUAAAAGUGUGUGGGCCUACACAAAAGAUGGCAACUAUUCUGUGAAGAGUGGUAAUUGGGUGCUCACGAGGGAAGCUGAUCUAAUGGAGGUCAUCCCUGCAGAUUUGCAAGCCGCUAACAAAACUAAAGAAAGGGUAUGGAAGGUUUCUACAUCUCCAAAGAUAAGAAUCUUCUUAUGGCGAGUUUUAUCGGGUGCCCUUGCGGUUGCUGUUUGCUUAAGGCGACACGGUCUUAAUAUUAAUCCAGUGUGUCAGCUCUGUAAUGGAUCAAAUGAAACAAUAUCUCAUGUUUUGUUUGAUUGUCAUUUGGCUCAUAAUGUCUGGAGUAUCACGGGCUUGCCUUUGUGGUCACACGGAUCACCUAUCUCCAUUGCUGAACGGGUUGAUCAUCUUUUGAAUCUAAUGGAGAAGCAAGAUGUAGAUAAAGAGUGGCGAGAGGCUAUUCCUUGGUUAUUAUGGGGGAUUUGGAAGGCAAGGAACUCUACUCUAUAUGCGGCGAAUACUAACUCUCCAUAUUUUGUUGUUGCAACAGCGUUGGCAGAUACAAAAGAGUGGUUACAGCAAAAUAUUCUCUCUCAACAAGGCACUGUUCUAAGAAAUCAGAGACAAAUGGUGGGUGAGAAGUUAUGGACUAAACCUGCAUUUGGGAAAAUUAAAUGCAACAUCCAUACUUCUUGGAUCAAGGACUCAUGCCAUGUUGGAGGAGCUUGGAUUGCACGGAAUCAUGCGGGGGAUGCCAUUUUUCAUACACGGGAUGCUUUUCUACCGAUGUUUAAUCGUCUCGCUGCGGAGCUUCAUGGUAUACUUUGGUGUCUUCGUGGUUUAAGAGAUAUCCAUAUCGUAUCGUGUGAACUUUGGUCCGAUUGUGGUGCGGCUAUUGAUGCUUUACGCAGACCAGAAGUUUACCCUAAAUACCGUUCUCAGCUUUUAAAGAUACAACAAGUAAUACGGGUGAUGCGGGAGGUUAGUUUUCACCUCUCUUCACCGAAAGCCAAUGCUUUGGCUAGGGAGAUUGCUUGUAGUGUUACUCGAGAUGGACGCUUUACAUCUUACUUAGCACGUGGUGGUCCGGCUUGGCUCCACAACAGGAUUGAGGACGAGCGGCGAGGUCGGCGUUGA